AAAAGACUAGUGGCCUUAGUGCCCAUGCCCAGUGACCCUCCCUUCAAUACCCGAAGAGCCUACACCAGUGAGGAUGAAGCCUGGAAGUCCUACCUGGAGAACCCCCUGACUGCGGCCACCAAGGCGAUGAUGAGCAUUAAUGGUGAUGAGGACAGUGCUGCCGCCCUUGGCCUUCUCUAUGACUACUACAAGGUUCCCCGAGACAAGAGACUUCUGUCUGUGAGCAAAGUGAGUGACAACCAAGAAGACCAGGAUAAAAGAAACUGUCUCGGCACCAGUGAAGCCCAGAGCACUUUGAGCGGAGGCGAGAACCGAGUGCAGGUCCUGAAGACUGUCCCGGUGAACCUCUGCCUCAGUCAAGACCACGUGGAGAAUUCGAAGCGCGAGCAGUACAGCGUGUCCAUCACCGAGAGCCCGGCCGUCAUCCCGGUGUCGGGCAUCACCGUGGUGAAAGCCGAGGACUUCACGCCCGUGUUCAUGGCGCCCCCGGUGCACUAUCCCCGCGCAGACGGCGAGGAGCAGCGCGUGGUCAUCUUUGAGCAGACUCAGUACGACCUGCCCUCCAUAGCCAGCCACAGCUCCUAUCUCAAGGACGACCAGCGCAGCACCCCCGACAGCACUUACAGUGAGAGCUUCAAAGACGGGGCCUCGGAGAAAUUUCGGAGUGCUUCUGUUGGUGCUGAAGAGUAUAUGUAUGACCAGACAACAAGUGGAACAUUUCAGUACACCCUGGAAGCCACCAAAUCUCUCCGUCAGAAGCAGGGGGAGGGCCCCAUGACCUACCUCAACAAAGGACAGUUCUAUGCCAUAACACUCAGUGAGACUGGAGACAACAAAUGCUUCCGACACCCCAUCAGCAAAGUCAGGAGUGUGGUGAUGGUGGUCUUCAGUGAAGACAAAAACCGAGACGAACAGCUGAAAUACUGGAAAUACUGGCAUUCCCGGCAACACACGGCCAAGCAGAGGGUCCUCGACAUCGCUGAUUACAAGGAGAGCUUCAACACCAUCGGGAACAUCGAAGAGAUCGCGUACAACGCAGUUUCCUUCACCUGGGAUGUGAGCGAAGAGGCAAAGAUUUUCAUCACCGUGAACUGCUUGAGUACAGAUUUCUCCUCCCAAAAGGGCGUGAAAGGACUUCCUCUGAUGAUUCAGAUCGACACAUACAGUUACAAUAACCGCAGCAAUAAACCCAUCCACAGAGCGUACUGCCAGAUCAAGGUCUUCUGCGACAAGGGAGCAGAAAGAAAGAUCCGAGAUGAGGAAAGAAAACAGAACCGGAAGAAAGGGAAGGGCCAAGCCUCCCAAACCCAGUGCAACAACUCCUCUGAUGGGAAGUUGGCCGCCAUACCUUUACAAAAGAAGAGUGACAUCACCUACUUCAAAACCAUGCCCGACCUGCACUCGCAGCCCGUGCUCUUCAUACCGGAUGUUCACUUUGCAAACCUGCAGAGGACUGGACAGGUGUACUACAACACGGACGAAGACCGGGAAGGCAGCAGCGUCCUCGUUAAACGGAUGUUCAGGCCCAUGGAAGAGGAGUUUGGUCCAACACCGUCCAAGCAGAUUAAAGAAGAAAGCAUAAAGCGAGUGCUUUUGUACGUGAGGAAGGAGAACGAUGACGUGUUCGACGCUCUGAUGCUGAAGUCGCCCACGGUGAAGGGUCUGAUGGAAGCGCUGUCUGAGAAGUAUGGACUGCCCGUGGAGAAAAUCACAAAGCUUUAUAAGAAGAGCAAAAAGGGCAUCCUGGUGAACAUGGACGACAACAUCAUUGAGCACUAUUCAAAUGAGGACACCUUCAUCCUCAACAUGGAGAGCAUGGUGGAAGGCUUCAAGAUCACGCUGAUGGAGAUCUGAGUCCUGGGCACGGGGCCCCUUGACAGGAGCUUUCUUCAGGGCGCUCCUUCCUGGGACAGACGGGAUGGAAUCUCGCUGGCCCAGAACCUGGAGCUCCAUCUCACCCACCUCACAAGACUGUUACAAGACUGCUGGGAAAGGGGCAGGGCCCAAGGCCCAGUGACUGUCCAUGUUCGACUCUUCCAUUUGCUCCCCACGGAGCUGAAGGCUGAGCCCCUCAGCAAAUUUCUUUGGGCCUGUCAGGCCCUUAUUUAUUGCCCAUUUCCCCCCCAAGAGCCUGGAGUCCAGGCCCUCCAGGACUCUACAAGUUACUGAUAGCUCCACGUGAGGCAUCCAGAGUGCCCCCUUCAAGGGAAACACAGCCAGUCCACUCAUCUCGAAGAGCCCGGGGAACUGGUGUGUCUUUUCUUACUUCACAUCUCUUGAGUGGAUGGACAAGAUGAGCUGCUUCUUGGUGCAGUCUUCAUGGGUGGGGUAAGAAAGACACCCAUUUACUGGCCCCAAACCUUCAGAUAGCUCUGAAGAAGGUCAUUUUACUAAAUACCUCCAGGGGAUCUCCGCAAGUAGCCACUGGGCCUUGUACAGGAAGACAUUCUGCUACCAUGUCAGUAAUAAGGAACACAAAGUAAGCCUAAUGACCAUGUACAUAUUUUGUACAUAAUAUCGCAGUAAUAUAUUUUACCUGUGGUGUGCGGGCAUGUUUACCGCCACUGGCCUGGAGAAGACACAGACCUUGAGACUCAGAGCAUCCUGCUCUAUCCAAGAGGAGGCUAGGAAAGUGGCCUUUGGGGUGUCAUGUGACUGUGGUGAAUGCCAGGAUGGACUCUUCAUUGGGCCAUGCCUGAGGACUUGUUCCCCGUCCCCAGACGGAGCCCUUUCUCCUCAAACGGGACGCCCUUGAGGCCCUCCUGUUUUCUCUCCGGGUGGUGUGUCUGGGCCGGGCCAUCCUGUCAGUGCCUUGUUUAGCUUUGGUAACUUAAGCCUUUUGUAAAGUUUCUGCAGGGGUUUACACUGGGGUGGGCCCUGUCGCCGGGACCUGCUACAGAACUGCUUGGCCGACAUGGGGAUCCUGGACACUGUAGUACCUCACAGUUUACAAGCAUGUCCUUCAUCUCAAGUGGCCCCUUUGGAAACCCAACUGUAGUUUUGCAAAGCGAGCCAGCAGCUCGGCUUGGCUGUGAACAGCAGACGUUCUUCUCAUGCUUCUGGAGACCAGAAGAGGUGGGGCUAUCCACGCAGGCUGUGGAAAACCAUGGGAGCCCUGGCAAUUCCCAAACCAGCUUUGGGAGGCACCCUGGAGAGCCGAGGCUGCUCCUCUCCUUACCCUUGGGAGGUCAAGAGAAAACUGCUUUCCUGAACAGUCACGAAAGCGUGCCCCAUCGUGGGCUACUGUUCUCUCUGAGAGGACAGGUCGGUAGCUUAGGGACUUGUAUGUGCCCCCAUGGGCUGAGCACUAGUUUGAGUAGCCAUGCAUAUCCCACUCCCAGGCCUGGAUAAUGAGACAGCUUCCAUGGAAAGGUCCAGAUCUGCCUGGGAAGCACUUUGAUGUCUUACCUGGAGGCUCAGUUGUCGGCUCCUACCUUCUUGUCCCACCUGCCCCUGAGGCUGACUCUAGACCAGCCAUUGCUCUCCAAAGUGACAAAGAAGUGGAAUGGGAUGGAGAGUAGGUGCCAUAAGGAAGAGGAUCCCAAGGGACAGCAGGGACGCCUUUCUGAGAGCCCCGGCACUCCUUAUCCUUUGUGUGGCCAAAGGCUUGCACCCUGUGCUCAGCUCUGUUCCAGUCCUCUCUGCCACUCUAAAUGCCAUUCCUUGAACCAGCAGCUUGGGGACCCUCCAGGGUGCUGCUAGUGGGUCUCUGAUCUAUGCUCUACAACACUUGGGGUUAGCUCAAAACAUGUUGGCAGACCUUAUGUGUGGGUGCAGAACUCCAGAGCAGGGAGAAGACAGAUGUGUAGCAACCCCACUGGCUACCAGUCUCUGGAAAACUGCUGGUCUGCUGUAAGGCCGAAAGACAAGCCAGAGAUGGCUUUGCUUUGCCUUUGUCCUGAACCCCUAAGCAAUGUUUGUGAUAGCCAUUGCCAGACAAGGGAUAAAAGCCGGUGCCAUGAAAAAGUGUCACAAAGAGUGUCACAGCGUCAGGUCCUGGAGUGGCCACUGGGGGCGUCCCUUGCUGUGCUAGCUAGCAGAGCUUUGCUGAGCAUCCUUUUCUGAACAAAACACUCCAGCAAGCUAGAAAAGCUUGCCUCAACUUUGUCCCUGAAUUAAUCUCACCCAAAUAAAGAACUUUUUGUCAUUGUUUUUAAUCCACAGAAGAUGGGGCACGCAUGAAGCCAGAAAGCGUUUCCUUCCGUGUCCUCAAAUGUUGAAACUUUCCCGGUGUUUAGAAAUUGGAACCAACAGAGAGGUACACAGGGGGCUGUCAUAUUGACAUCAGUUCCUAAGAGACUAAGGCAUGUCCUAACGCAGAGACCCGGGAAGCAUGAAAUGAGUUAAAACAUUUACUUUCCUUCAUAUUUAAUAGUCAUGAAAAUGCAACAGGAAAGGAGGAUUUGUGCCAAAUUCUGAGACUGGCCCUUUCUGAAAGACAGGCAAGGGGAGAUUGAUGUGUGUACAAUCUGCUCCCACCUAAAAAAAGAGUAAAUGUAACUUAAUAGU